UUCAUUUGAGGAACGUGAUUGAUAGAAAUAUGAUGAAAAAUAUAGUUUUAACCACUCUGAACUUACUUAACAUGAAUAUUUGUAUGCAAGCCACAACCAUUGCUUCCAACGAUAACAUGUGUAUGCAAAAUGGUACAAAGCAAUGCUGCACUGGCUAUUACGAGAAGAAUUAUGCAUGUCACGCAUGCAUAGGAUCAUUUGGUUUUAAUUGUUCAGUGCCCUGUAAACCGGGAUAUUUCGGCCUCCAUUGCCGUUCAAAAUGUCGAUGUUUAAACGAAAAGUGCGAUAAAGAAAAGGGUUGCUUGGAAGAAGUGACAAAGGACCCAGUAAAGAAAUCAAACUUCAUCGGGAGUCUUAAACUACGUCACUGGAUAGUUUUCUCUGUGGUCAUCAUUAUUACUUUUAUCAUCAUUGUAUGUUGCAUAAUGAAUGUGAAAGCUAGAAAUAAGAAAAAUGGCAGACGGCGGCCAAAGGGAAGUUACAGAAGCCAAAUCAUUCCUGAGGAAGCCAGUGAUUAUCUAGGUUUAGCUGUGACACCACAUGCAUCAACCGACUAUCUCAACGCAUCCUUUCAGUCAGAGCCAAAUGACAUUGUAUCAUUCAGUGAACAUCAGAGAAAGAAUAGCACUCCACAUACACCAAUGACUUAUGUAAAUAAGUCAUUCCAUUCAGAGUCUAUUGACAGUGUUUCUGUUGAUGAAGAUUUAAGAAAGCAUGACAUAUCAUAUGCGACAACCAAAUAUGAUAACGUGCCCUGCCAAUCAGAUUCGAUUGAGAAAGUAUCAAUCAGUGAUUAUUUAAAAAUGGAUGUCACGCCACAUGCAUCUACGGAAUAUUUGAAUGUUUCAUUUUAG